AUCUAGCUCUUACCGUAAUGUUAUUGGAGCAGCCGUAGGUAGAGCAGAGAAGAUUGACAGCUCUUACUGUGGGCAAGAAUUCUUUCUGAAACAGGAAGUGCUUUGGAAUAGAAAAAUGGCCCUACGUCACAUAGGGAACCUGGGUCAGAGGUCAAGCAUCCUAUUCCUAUGUGAUAUGCAAGAGAAGUUUCGGAAUAAUAUUGUCUUUUUCCCGCAGAUUGUGUCUGUGGCUGCACGAAUGUUACAGAGCACAACAUUAGACUUGUUGGAUAAAGGUCUGGAUGUGCAUGUUGUGGCAGAUGCCUGCUCUUCCCGAAGCCAGGUGGAUCGUCUUGUUGCUCUUUCUAGGAUGAAGCAGAGCGGGGCAUUUCUAACCACCAGUGAAGGAGUGAUCCUACAGUUAGUUCGGGAUGCUGCACAUCCCAAAUUUAGAGAGGUUCAAAAGCUCAUAAAGGAGCCAGCUCCUGACAGUGGCCUUCUGUCUUUAUUUCAAAGCCAAAAUCCUCUCUUCACCUAAAAUUCUGUAUUCCUGCCAACUUAUGGACUGAAAUCAGCAACAGAAAGAAAACGUUUCUCACAUUUUGUAUUGUACAAAAUACUAAUUGAUUAUUGAAAUAAAAGCAAUAACUAUCAUUUA